ACAUAGACAAACCAAACGGUUUGUGAGAGGAGAAGCUGAAUGAAGUGGUAGAAGAUAUGCCGAACGGUCAACAGUGUAAGACCAAUCGGUCAAAAGUGAAACCGAACGGUCAUGCGCUGAGCGCCACCGAUGAGCGUCAUUUGAGUGCCUCAACUACCGCACAAUGUCGCCGACGUGGGCUUGGACCCAUUUUCUGUUGUCAACACCCAAUUUCGUCCGAGUGACUAAAUAAUAUACGCAUUUUCUCAUUCUAUCUUAUUUUAUGUCUUUUUAUCAUUUUUAUUUUACUUUUAAUUUCUUUUUAUUAUUCUAUUUUAUUUUAUUUUACUUUUCCUUUUAUAAUUUCCAUUUUAAUGUUUUUGUUUGUAUUUUUACUUUUUGUUUUUAGUUUUGUUUUAAUAUAAUUAAUAUAUAGUUAAGUUAAGAAAAAAAAAGAAAGAAAAGAAAAAUGUAUGAAACCUUUUGUGUUUUAUAUGAAAAAAAAGAGAGGAAAAAGAGAGAAAAAGUGUUUGGCUGAAGGAAAGGGGACGUCUGCAAAGCGGCAAGAGGGUCUGGUGGGCAAGGACGAUGCGGAGUUGAUUGGCAGGGACGCGAUUUGGCACACGGAAACAGUUACGGGGAUUUCGGCAAAAAAAGCACAGACGAAGCAUUGAGGAGGUUUUUUGGGGAGGAGGAUUGGACAGAUUUGUAGCAUAGAGUAAAAAAGAGGAUUUCACACAGCUUCUCGGGCCUUCAUCUUCGAUCAUCAUCCAGUCUCCGUGACGACAUCCACCAUUUUUACCUACAAAGAAAGACAGAGGCCAGCUAGGAAGAAGGAGAAGGGGUCACCGGAUACACGUAGCUAACAGCAGCCAGUAGACCUCCGAGAGUGUUUUAUGCAAGUUUUAAGAUGAAUUUGAUGAAAGAAGUGAAGAAGGAUAAAGAUGGAAUCAGAAAGGAACUCAAAAAGUGCAAAAGAAGAGAAGCCACAAGUACCGCUCAGCCCCAAAUUAUCGCUGAGCGGCACUCAAGAACACUCGUUGGCUCCGCUGAGGGGUGAAAGUGCAGCUGAGGGGAGAUUUGACCACGCGCUGGUACCGCUGAGCGGUGGUAUUUUGGGCUUAGGCCCACUUUUAAAUAAUAUUGCGAAUAGUAUAUAAGCUUUAGGACUUUCUAGGGUUUGUAUCUUUGGUUGGAGACGAAGCAAACACACACCUUUCCACCCCUUGGAAGAAGAUAUUUGAUGCUAAGGUUACCUUCUCAUCUUUCUAGGGUUCUAUCUUUCAUUAUUUCAUUAUUGUUCAUCUAGUUUCACCAUGAAUAUGGUGAACUAAACUCUUUUUGUUGUUGGGGAAUCAAUGUAAUCUUGUGAAACUCUCAUAUAUGGAAUUUGUGUUUAAACAUCUUAUUUGAGAUACAUGCUUUCUUUCAUCAUUAGUUAGGGUUUUUCCUAUUUGCUCGAAGCAUGCAUUGUUUAACUCAUUCGAUGUCAUGAUUAUUGAUUUGAGUGAUAUGGACACAUACGGUAAAAUCUAGAUCCGGGGAAUUUCUCCCAAAAGUAAUAUCGCCUAGACAUAGGGAUAUGAGGUUGGUUGCCUUUAAGCUUCUGUGCUUCAUAAUUUAUUAUUAGGGAUGCUAGGAAUUGUAUGAACUCGUAAUUAAGGAUAGGCUUUCUUCGCAAGGUGAUUUAGAGAGUGGCAUUAACAUUGAGGAAAAGAAUGAUGAAUUCCUAAAAUAUAUGAGAGUGGAUAAGAUGAAAUUGAUUACCCCAACAACAUACUUAUCCAUAUAAUUCGUCCUGCGUUUGUGUUCUUCUUUUUCCAUUGAUCAAACUCAUGCAUACAUGUUUAAUUAUUGUCUUUUGCGUUUGAAACCACAAUAAUUUGUUCACAAGUCUUAAAUAAUCAACAAAUCAUAUAACUAACUAGGCCGUGAGUCCUUUGGGAGAACGAUACUUGGUCUUACCGAGUUUAUUACUUGAUACGAUUCGGUCACACUUGCCGAGGGUUAAACAAGUUUUUGGCAUCGUUUUUCGGUGUUCAUAAAUUUGUCAUCAAGUUUUUGGCGUCGUUGCUAGGGACUCGUGGUUUAACUAGUUUAUUUGUGUGAUUAUUGAUUAUCUUUGACUUGAAUUUUGAAUUUUGAAAAUUUGAAUUUCUGUUUUUAUUUUGUGUUUUUAUUUUUAUUUUAUUUUAUUUUAUUUUUCGGUUAUUAUUUUAUUUUAUUUUAUUUUCUAUUUUUAUUUUUAUUUUUAUUUUAUUUUAUUUUCUGUUUUUAUUUUUCUGUUUUUAUUUUAUUUUAUUUUAUUUUCUAUUUUUAUUUUUCUGUUUUCUAUUUUAUUUUAUGUUUUUAUUCUAUCUUCUUAUGUCUUAUAUUAUUUCUUCUAUAUCUUUUUGUGCUAACAAAUUUUUAUAGGGACUUGUUUUCUUGUGUAUGCAAGAGGCAAUCCGAACUAGAAGCAAGAAAACCUCAGAUCCUCUUCUUGAAGGUUUAGACGAAAGUAGACGGAGGAGAAGAAUCCGUACAUCUAGAGAACUUUUUCCUCCUCCGGAAAUCCUUUUACAACCUUCACCACAAGGUUCUUACCAUAGCACUGAGGAGAUGGAGAAUAAUAAUGUUAGACGGACUCUUGCAGAUUACACUAAUGUGGUUGGACCUCAGCAUUUCAAUAGCAUAGCAAGACCAAUGGUCAAUGCAGCUAAUAUGGAGGUGAAACCAACAUUAAUCCAACUAGUGAAGAGUAACCAAUUUAAUGGGUUGUCGCAUGAAAGCCCAUAUGAGCACCUCACAGCAUUUAAUGAAAUUUGCAAUACAGUGAAGAUAAAUGGGGUGCCUGACGAAGCAAUCAAACUUAGCCUGUUUCCAUUUUCAUGGGGAGGCAACGCUAAGCUUUGGUUGAAUUCUUUUCCAGAAGGGAGCUUUACAGAGUGGGAAGAUGUAGUGACAAAGUUCUUGAACAAAUACUUCCCAUAGUCCAAUGUAAAUAAAGGAAAGCAAGAGAUAUCAUCUUUUAAGCAAGGCAUGGAGGAAUUACUAGGUCAUGCAUGGGAUAGAUACAAAAGCCUAUUAAGAAAGACUUCCACGCAUGGAUUUGAUGAAGUGGAAGUAGUCCUAUUCUUCCUUGGAGGACUUGGUUCACAAACCAAGUUGAUGCUAGACGCCUCAGCUGGAGGCAAUAUCAAAUGGAAGACUCCAGAGGAAGCCACGGAAAUAAUUGAAAACAUGGCUACUAAUGAUAAUGAGCUGAACAGUGAAAGAGGAGCUCCUAUUCAACAAAAAGGAGUUCUACAGUUGCAAUCCAAUGACACCUUGUUAGCUCAGAACAAGAUAAUAACUCAACAAUUGGAGAAUCUCACAAAGGCACUUGCACAAUUGCCAAAAGAGUUAAAGACUGUUGCAAAAUUCAACCACAGAUGUGUGAAUUAUGUGGUGGUGACCAUAUCAAUGGUCAAUGCGCCUUUCUAGUAGAAGCUUUAGAGGAUGCUAACUUUAUGGCCAAUCAAUUUCCAUACCGUCAGGGGAAUUUCAAUCAAGGGUGGAAACCACACCCAAGUAUUGGUCAAGGACAAAGUGGGAAAGCUGGACAAUCAGGGCAAUUCAGUAAGAAACAACAACAACCAACCUUAUGGCAACAAAUUGCUACACUUAAUGAAAGAUCAAUAAGGAUGGAAGAAACUCUUCAACAAUUCAUACAGACAAUUGAAUCCACUCAAAAGAGCACUGAUGGUGCUAUUAAGAACUUUGAGAUGCAAAUGGGCCAAAUUACUAAGCAGUUGGAAGAAAGGCUUGAAAAAAUUUUUGGGGCUAAUACUGAGGUUAACCCCAGGGAAGAAUGUAAGGUGUUAGUGAGUGCAAAUGUUGAAACAGUUGAGUUAGAAAGAGAGAAAGAAAAAGAAGAGAGAAAAAAGAGAGAAAAAGAAAAAGAAGAGAGAACAGAAAAAGAAGAGAUAAGAGAGAUAAAUAGUGACAUUCUUCCUUUUCCAACAGAUCAUGAGAAACAAUUUGAUUUUACAAAAAAUUUUAAGAUGUUGGAUGAUGAUGUACCUUUUAAGGAGGUAUUACAACACAUAGCAGUUUAUACAAAGCCUGAGGAAGAAGUCUCUAUAAAGAAAAGACGUAGAGAUGAUGAGACAAAGAAGUAUAAAGCUGUUAAAAAGAAGCCAUUCCCUCCAAAAGCAAAAGAUCCAGGAGGUUUCUCCAUUCCAUGCGUUAUAGGGAAGAAAAGGAUAAAGAAGGAUUUACUUGAUUUAGGAUCAAGUGUUAACUUGAUGCCUUAUUCCUUACUUGAGCAGAUUGGUGAUCUUGAUGUGAAGCCUAUAAAGAUGAAGUUAUUGAUGGCAGAUGGAUCCUCAAAGAAUCCCUAUGGUAUAGCAGAGGAUGUUAUAGUUUGUGUAGGCAAACUACAGUUCUUGGUGGACUUUCUGGUGAUGGAAAUGGAGGAUGAAAGGAUACCCAUUAUUCUCGGAAGACCGUUUAUGAAAACGGCCAAAGUCAUCAUUGAUGUGGAUGAAGGCAUAGUGGUAUUCUGAGACCAAGAAGAAAAAAUUGUUGUAGAUGUCUUCAAAGAAGAGGAGUAGAUGCAGGAGGAAGAAGCUAGUCAUAAAGCUACAUAUCAAGAUGUACUCAUGACUAGCCAUCAAGAUGAAAAGCCAAAGGUCAAAGGUAAACAUUGUUUUUUGUUUCAAGUACAGGAAGAAGAAAAGAUUGGGAAAGGAAGAGAGGUCCAUGAUGACUUGAUGCAAGAACGACUCCAACUUGGUAAACCUAUGAAAUUCAAAAACAAGUUGUGGGUUGUGAAAGACUACAAAGAAAAUGAGAUGAUAGAGAUAGAAUCUCCACAUUCCAGAAGAGUCAGAAAAGUGGAUCGGAAGCAGUUGAUGAGUUGGUGUGAUAUGAACAUCAACCGUGAAGAUGAAACAUGAGCUUUAUUGGGUCAAGCUAGUGACGUUAAAAGAGUACUUGCUGGAAGGCAUUCCAGUGAUUUGAGGACAAUUUUUCUUUUGUUUUUAUUUUGGUUUUGUAAAUUUUUAUAAAUUUGGGACAUUACUUUUGUAAAUUUUUGGAUAUAACAUCUACUGAAGGAUGCUAGAUGGAAGUAUCUACUGAAAGAUACUAGGUUUGACACCUACUGAUGAGUGUUGGUGGAUGUUUGGGUCAGGCUCGUGACGUUAGACAAGCGCUACCUGGGAGGCAACCCAGUUGAUUGAUUAUAUUUUUUGUUUGUUCUGCUUUAGUUGCAUGAUAGGGCUUUGGAUGUGAGUGAUCUGAGAACUUAAUUGCAGGUAGCAAGUGAGGGGCAUGAGUAGAAGGCACCUAGGGUAAGCUAGGAAGAAGAAAAGCUCAACACGAAACUACCGCUGAGCAGUGGUAUCGUAAAAUGGGCUUAGGUUGCCCCUUAGCGGAACCCGAGCCCAUUAGGGUAU